GCUCCUCUAAUUGACACCCAUCAAAGUUUGCCCAAAUAUAACCUGAACGAUCUCUCUCUUUUACAUGGAGAACAAAGCAAGAAACAGAGCCUGAAAUGCAAAAACCAAAACACAAAAAGGAAGAAAGAGAGUAAAAAAAAAAAAAUGAAAAUCCUGUUCUGGGUGUUUCUUGUCUUUGCUCUUGAGUUAUCAAUAUUAGCAGAAUCAGCUUCUUCUUCAUCAUCAGUAUGUGAAAGUCCAGACCAAGAACUACUCUCCAAGGCCUUCAAAUCAGUCUCCGGCUUCAACCUCUCUUGGUUCCAACUCCGAAACUGUUCAAACAAACCCAUCAGAGAACUCAACCUCUCGUCCAAGAAUCUCACCGGAAUCAUAGCAUGGAAGUUCCUCAGAAACAUGUCGGAGUUACAAACCGUCGAUCUCUCCAAAAACUCUCUCAAAGGUUCCGUCCCAGGUUGGCUCUGGUCCCUGCCAACCUUGCUCAAAGUCAACCUCUCCACGAACCGCUUCGGCGGCAGCCUCCGGUUCGAACCGGCCGGGACAAGAAAUUCCUCGAUCCAUCUCCUGAACCUAUCCAGAAACCGGUUCACCAACUUGGCCCGCAUCUCCGGCUUCCCAAACCUGACGGUUCUAGACCUUUCGAAUAACCAUUUGGGAACUCUACCGUCCGGGCUCGGAAAUCUCACGAGACUGGAGCAUCUCGACAUCUCGGGAUGCGGUAUCUCGGGAAGCCUCAGACCCAUCUCGAAUCUCCGGUCGUUAAACUACUUGGACGUCUCGAACAACGCUUUGAACGGAACUUUCCCGUACGACUUCCCUCCUCUGAACGGCGUCAAGUUCUUGAACCUCUCCGCUAACAACUUCACCGGAAUAGUCACACACGCGAAGUACCAGAAGUUCGGCAAAUCGGCUUUUAUCUCCGCCGGGAAUUUGACCUUCAAGUUAAACUCGUCCAAAAGCUUGGAUUUUACGUCGAAAAACUCGACCUUUCAUCCUAACUCUCCACCACAUAAUCACAGAAGUAUCGAACCAGUUCAACAAGCCGCUCACAAAAUUAGAAAACCCGAAAGGAAAAGCUCGAAAAGUAGGGUUCUGGUUCUGGGCAUUUCCUCUGCUUCUGCAGUGAUUUUCUUGGCUUCAAUGGCGGUUUGUUUGGUUUGGAUACGGAGAAGAAGAUUGAUUAAGAGAACGAACAAGUGGGCGAUCUCGAAACCGGUGAUGCAACUGCCGUUCAAGAUGGAGAAAUCUGGGCCGUUCGCUUUCGAGACGGAGUCGGGGACGUCGUGGGUGGCGGACAUCAGAGAGCCCUCGUCGGCGCCGGUUGUGAUCUUCGAGAAGCCGCUGAUGAACUUGACUUUCAAGGACCUGAUGGCCGCCACGUCACACUUUGGGAAGGAGUCCCAGCUUGCCGAGGGCAGGUGUGGGCCCGUCUACACCGCCGUGUUGCCCGGAGACAUCCACGUGGCGAUCAAGGUCCUCGACAACGCCAGAGACGUCCAUCACGACGACGCCGUUUCAUUGUUCGAUGAACUCUCCAGGCUCAAGCACCCCAAUCUCUUGCCUCUCUCCGGUUACUGCAUUGCAGGGGAAGAGAAGCUGGUUCUGUGCGAGUUCAUGGCCAACGGCGACUUACAAAGGUGGCUGCACGAGCUACCGACCGGGCAGCCCAACGUGGAGGACUGGAGCGGCGACACGUGGGAGCAGGUGAACGCUUUCCACGCCCACUCGCCGGAGAAAAUGGGUUGGCUCACGCGCCACCGCAUCGCCGUCGGGAUAGCGCGUGGGAUGGCGUACCUCCACCACGCGGGAUCGCGGCCGGUGGUGCACGGCCACCUGGUUACCUCCAACGUCUUGCUGGCCGACAAUUUCGAGCCCCGGAUCUCGGAUUUCGGGUUCCGGAGCUUUGGAGGCCGAGAGAGCGGUAACUGCAGUACACAGGCGGACGUGUAUUGUUUCGGAGUUGUUUUGAUGGAGCUCUUGACGGGUCGACCGGGGACGGCGGAGACGGUUGUGUGGAUGCGGAGGCUGGUGAGGGAAGGGCAUGGUGUUAACGCCAUCGACCCGAGGCUUCGACCCGGUGGAGGAUCCGACUUGGAUAGGGAAAUGGUGGAGACUCUACGGGUCGGGUAUUUGUGUACGGCCGAGUCGCCUUGGAAAAGGCCAACCAUGCAGCAGGUCCUGGGUUUGCUCAAGGACAUACAUCCCACCAUCGACUUGAGCUGAGUUGACUCGUCUCGUCAGCUCUCCAAGUUCAGAGACUGGUGUUGUCCCCUCUCCGCACGCGAUACUGCAGCGCGUGCGGCGCGUGGUACAAUUUCGCCGCUGCCGAGACGGCGGAAAAUUGCCUUUCCUGUGUUUGGAAAAAAUUUGAAUAGGUAGUUUUUGAAUUUUUCGCCAGUUGAUUCUCAAUACGAGUCAUGUUGUGAAGGAGAGUGGACUUCACGCGCCGUCUUGUCGCGUGAUAUGCACAGUUGAUGGGAUUUUUUUUUUUAUAAAAAAAAGACAUUUUGUUGCCUUACAC